AUGGAACAUGAUUUUUACUAUGAAAAACAUAAAGAUACCAAAUCUAGACAUAAAGCUAAUUUAAUUUUAGAAAAUAUUGCAAAAGAUAUAUACAAAAAUCCUGAAACAUCUUUGAGUGAAAAAACAGCAGCUUUUGUAACUAGUAAUAUAAUGAAAGUAAAAAGAAAAUUAGGAAUGGGUCUUAUUUAAAUAAAAAGAUUAAUAUUUUGUACAAUAAAUGAAUCUUAAUUUAAACGAUGCACAAUUGAAAAAAAUUAAAUCUGCAUAUAGUUAAAAAAUAGGUGUAACGAUACAGCUUGCAAACAAUCAAAUUGGAACCGGAAAUCAAAAGUUUAAUUUAACCGAAACACAAAUAAAAAAAUUAAACAAAUCUAAGAAAGAAAAAAAAGGAUCGAGGUUAGAAUUGAAAUAUGAAUAAAUUAAACAAGGUGGAUUUCUUCCAAUUCUUUUUGUUUGAAUAGGAGCUGCAAGUGCAUUAGCUGGGGAAUAAGUUUAAUGGCAAAUACUAUUAUAGAAAGAAAACAUAAGAUAGCAGCGGAAAAAGAACAAGACAUAAUAAAGAAAUGGAAAAAAUUUUCAAUAAUGUUAAAACUCUACAAGUUGGAUCUGGAAUUAAAAAGAAGAAAAGAUAUUAUAGUACUCCUGUGAUAAAAAAAAGAAAAUCAGUCCAUUAACUAAUUUCAAUAUCAUAAAAGCUGGUAAAAAAAUUUUUUGGAAGAUGUUUUGAGAGAUGAAUUACCUAUAGAAACUUUAACGAAUGGAUGUGGAAUAUUAAAUUUAAAUAAUUCUGGUCAAAAGGGAUCACAUUGGGUUGCAUGGAUAAAACAUGAAAAUUUAAACAUUUAUUUUGAUUCUUAUGGUAAUGCCAAUCCACCAAAAGAAUUAGUAAAAUAUUUAAGAGAAAAUAAUCUUAAAAUAACACCUAGAAGAUUUCAAGAUAAUAAUCCGCCUAUUUGUGGAUAUUUGUGUUUGGUUUUAUUAAAAAUUAUAAAAAAUAUACCUAAAUUAUAUAUCUAAAUCUUUUUUAUUUUUUUUAUCUUUUCUAUAAUAAAUGGAAAGUAUUUUUAAUAAAUAUAACAAUCAUAUUAUUCGAUCACAAUAUAAAACAUGAAGCAACAUCAGAAACAAAUUUUAACAGAGAUGGGGGUGUUAAACCUUUGAAAUAGAAGGUUCUGAUAGCUUUCUUGAUAUUAAACAUGUAAAAUAUAAUAUUAGUAGAAAAUAUUUAAAAAAUAACAAUACUGAAUAUGAAGCUAAUAGCAAUGUUCAAUUAGAUGAUAAUUUUGUUGCAUUUUUAUUUUCACAAAUUGAAGUAACAAAAAAUGGAACAUUAAUAGAUCAAAUUGAAAAUGUUGGUAGAUCAAGGAUAAUCAAAGGAUGUGUUAGUUAUUCUUUAAAUUAAAAUAGACCAACAAUUAAUUCUGGAUUUCAAUCAAGAUUUACAGGUGGGUGAAGAUUCGAAGCUGUUGGGAAUUUGUAUAAUCUAUGUUUAGGUUUUUUUUAAAGAUAUUAAAUAUCCAAUUUUUAAAGGAAGAAUUAAAAUAAAUUUUAGGAGAACUUAAGACGAUGAUGCAUUUAUAUAGAUGGAUUUCUUCAACUUCUGCAGCAUCUGAUGUUGGAAAAGUUAUUAUUGAGAAUUUUGAGAUUACAAUCUCAUCAGUGGAAUAUCAAGAAAUUUAUAAAAUACAAUUAAUAAAUGAAUUAACAAAAUUAUCUCAAGGAAAUAUUAACAGGUUAAAUUUUAAACCUUGGCAAUGUAUGGAUGAAACCAAUUUGAAUGGUAAAACAUUCAAGAGAAAUAUUGCAAGUACAUAUAGAAACGUUUAUAAUCCAUUAUUUGCAAGUGUAGCUUUCCAAACAAAUGGAUUAGAAACACAAUUAAGAAAAGCUUCUGUUUUUGAUCAUUGUAAUGUAAAAAAUAUUUGGCUAGAAAUUGAUGGAUAG